AUGCCGACUGCAAAACCGAUCCAACCAAACACAACUUUUCAACCUCAGCCACCGCAUCAUUACAACAAACCACCACUCGUCAUAAUCCUCACAGUGAUCCUCAUCGUCGUCUUCUUCAUCGGUUUCUUCGCUCUCUACUUCUGCAAAUGCUUCUUCCACACUCUCUCACAAGCUUGGAACCACCACUACCACAACAACGCAUCGCCCGAGAACCAAAACCAAUCACAAGAAUCCGCCGGUCCACCACCGGUUAACCCCGGUUUAGAGCCACACGUCAUCCAAUCCUUCCCACUGUUCCCCUUCUCCUCCGUCAAAGACCUUCGAGAAGACAAACACGGGCUCGAAUGCGCCAUCUGUCUUCUCGAAUUCGAAGAAGAACACAUCCUCCUCCGUCUCCUAACGACUUGCUACCAUGUUUUCCAUCAAGAAUGCAUCGAUCGCUGGCUCGAAUCCAACAAAACGUGCCCGGUUUGUCGCCGGAAUUUAGAUCCAAACGCGCCGGAGAACAUCAAAGAGCUCAUCAUCGAAGUCAUACACGAGAACAGAGACGGAAACAGCGAUCAAGCGACGACGUCGAACGAGGCUCUGUUGUCGAGACAGAGUAGUAUUAGUAACGAGAGAAAGGUUGAGACUUUACCGGACAAAUUCUCGAGAUCGAAGACGACGGGUCAUUCGAUUGUGAGGCAUAAACCGGAGGAAGAAGAUCGGUAUACUUUGAGAUUACCGGAUCAUGUUAAGAUUAAGGUCACUAGAAGACGUAACAAUAUCCAAACAGAGAGUUGUAUCUCUUUUGGUGAGCUUAUGAGAAACAGAGGAGGCCGGUUUGGUGAACUCUCCGGUCAAUCCCUUGUACCGGAUUCAGAAAAAUCAGAAAAUUAA